AUGUAUCUCGCUUCAAUAGUGUUCUACAACCUAUUUCUUCAUCCCUUACGGGACUAUCCGGGCCCUAUUCUUCUCCGCGUCACACGAAUCGGCUACUGCUACAAACUCAUCCGGGGCACACUGCCGUUUGAUAUCCUCCAGCUUCACAAGGUGUACGGAGACGUUGUUCGAAUAGCACCAGACGAGCUUGCGUAUAACAACGUAACAGCCUGGAAAGAUAUCAUGGGCCACCGGGGGAGGGGCGCAGCUGAGUUCAAAAAAUAUCAGCAUUUUUACAACUCCUCCAAGGCCAUGCCUACGACAAUUGUCAGCUCGAAUGGUAGGGAGCAUGCUGACUUGCGACGAACAAUGUCUCAUGGCUUUAGUGAAUCAAGCCUGAGAAAUCAGGAACCCUUGGUAAUGAAAUACAUCGACGGUCUUGUUCAAAAGUUACAUGAAAUGAGCAGGAGCGACACAAAAGCAAUCGAUCUCAUGGCGUGGUACAAUUUCACGACUUUCGACAUCAUAGGCGACCUGGCCUUCGGAGAGCCCUUUGGCUGCAUCAGAGAUUCCGAUUAUCACCCCUGGAUCCGCGGAAUCUUCGCUUCUGUUCGCCUUGGAACUGUUGUACAGACGGCAAACCAUUACCCUUUUUUCAAAAAGAUUUUGUUCUCGUUACUUAGUACUAAGUCCAGUCGUGAGAAGAAGGCACACAAUCUUGUCAUGGCAACUGAGAAGCUACAAAGACGUAUUGCAGCGGGCAGUAAGCAAGAGAGGCCUGAUUUGAUCGAAGGACUGUUGAAAAAGAAGGACGAGAUGGGGCUAUCAAUGCCGCAGUUGAUCGCGAAUAGCAAUACCUUAAUCAUCGCCGGCUCAGAGACAACAGCGACAUUGCUUUCAGGCGUGACGUAUCAGUUGCUGAAGUCGGGGCAUGCUUUAAGAACACUAACGGAGGAGGUCCGUUCAAGAUUCAAGGCUUCAAGCGACAUCAACAUCGUAUCCGUCGGUCAACUACCUUACAUGAUGGCGUGCUUGAAUGAGACUCUUCGCAUAUACCCUCCCGUUGCAAGUGGCCUACCCCGUGUAACUCCUGCGAGUGGUGCAACUAUUUGUGGCCGCCUCGUCCCUGGAAAUGUGAGUCACCAGUCAAAUUCCACAACAGUUGUCGCGAUUCAUCAAUAUGCAAUCCACAAUAACGAGAAGUAUUUUAAAGACCCUCUCAACUUUCAUCCUGAGCGCUUCCUCGGGGACACCAAGUUUGCGUCGGAUAAUCGCGACGCCUUUCAGCCUUUCCACAUCGGGCCACGGAACUGUAUCGGCCGAAACCUUGCAUACGUUGAGAUGAAACUCAUUCUUGCUCAAAUCGUAUGGCAUUUUGAUCUCGAGCUUGCAGAGGAGAGCCAAGGAUGGGCUGAGAAGCAGAAGAUUUUUAUUCUAUGGGAUAAGGCUCCGUUGAUGGUUCACUUGAGAGCCGUAAAGAGGUCUUGA